UUGUCCCCGCCCCUUUUUGUUUUCUGCAGCGAGGUCCUUCUCAAGUCGCGUGACCUCAGUCUAACUCAUGUUUGUGGAUUUGCCCAGCGUGCAUUUUGGCAAAACUUGCUAGAAGUUCAUGAGCCGAAAAAACAGGAAGUAACUUUCAAGUUGAGAGCAACUGUACGCCUUCAGUAGGAACCAGCAGAAUGAACAAGUCAAGUACUUCCUAGAAGUGUGGGUGUUCCUUCGGCCAAAAGAUGAUUCAUGAUCCUCUGUGAAAUUACAUGCGGCUAUAACCAAGGAAUGACAUUUUGUCAUCAUGUUCUGAAGAUUACAGAAGCUCGUCAUUCUACUUAGAAUCAACUGGACUUGGCACAAUCAUAACAGAAAAUCUCAGGAACCAAAGACCUAUCAAUUUCACUAAAGAUCAAAGCAAGCACUACAUUCCUUCACUCAAGCCAUGGAGAGCCUUACUCUUUAAAAUAAGGAUCAGAGCUAGAAUUUCCAUUUCACAACUUUGCAAUUUGGACGUCUCCUAGAGAAAACAGUUCUUACAUGUAAGGUGGACAAAAAGGGACAAACUAACGAAUGCUCAACUGAAUGGGCCUGCAGUCUUUGGUGUGUUUUAGUGUCCCUAAGCAAGAAGUACUUGGAGGCUCAACAAAGGAUCCCUUUAACAAUUUAGUGACAGAGUCUCCCCAUUCAGACCAAUAUUAAUUUCACACCAAUGUUUUAGUUUUAUAAGAAACGUUCUGAAAGAUUCUCAAAGCUUCUAUCAGAAAAUGUUCUUGCGUUCGUCUCUUAAUUGUCAACCAUCCACUGUCGGUGUCUUUACAGACAAUAUACUGACAAAUGACCAAAUAUGUGAAUGGAUUGCUACCACGGUUUCCGAAUUUAGGUACGCAAGAGAACAUGGUGUGUUCACCAACAGAACCUCUGAGCAACACGACUCUCUGCCCCAACCUAAAACCAGCACAUCACCUCCCACUUUGGUAGUCAGCCACCCCCAGGCCUCCACCUCUGAUAAAGACAAUGAGCACAAGCAAAGUUCUAACCUAACCGUUUCUCAGCUGGGCUCCCUCACAGUUGGUCAGUCACCUGAAGAAGAUGGUUUGAGGACAACUACAAAAUCAAGUUCUGAGAAGAAAGAACACUCACAGAUCCUGUCAGAAGUCUCCAGUACCCAUGGGAAGGAUGAACAGAAUCCUGUCGUUAACACUCCGUAUUCUGUUGAAACUGCUGAUGAGUCAGAACAUCACUUGUGUAUUAAGAGAGAUCUUGGAGGGCAGACACACCACUUCUAUGAGGAAUUUAGUGAAGAGUCUGAUGAGGAGAGUGAUGUUGAGUUUGAAGUUGUACCUGUAAUAAUGUCAGACCUUAACCCUGAACUGGUGGAUGAGGAGCCUGCUUUAGGAAAAGUGAUGCAACAUGACGGUGAUCAUGAAAACCAAAUACACCAGCAUGAUGUUAGUGCAAGACAAAGUUGUGCACCAAAGCUGGUACCAGCAUCUGCAUUUUCCAAGAUGGCCAUCUUUGACACGCCAGAUGAUCAAGAACAAGCCAUUAGAUGUGGUCAGGUUUCCUUUGUCGCACUCCCCUGUGGCAGCCCUGAUUCAACAUCAGGACAAGGUGAGGACAGUUGUCCCACUGAGGACAGUUGUUCUUAUUCAUCUGGUCCUGAGUGCAACUAUAUGACUGUGUCCAAGGAGCUGUACAAGAGCAUAUCAUCUACCCAAAGAAAGACUGACCACUGCAUCCCCGAAAACGGCAAGAAUGUGCAAAUGCCUCCAGAUGAUGGUAUAAUUGACAACCUGGCUUUGGAUGCGGAAGAUAACCACUGCGAGUCAGAGAUGAAGAAACGAUCUCAAACUUCAGAGAACUCCAAACAAAAUGAUGAAAAUGUUGUGAUUAUUUUAUCUGACUCAGAUGAAGAAGGUAGGGAAAUUCACAAUAAGGCAAAGAUGGCUUUGACUGCAACUUCAGUAGACUGUGGCAGAGGUUCUAGACAAGAGAGGAACACAGAAACUCCUAAAGUAGCAACAUUGUACAAGAACCAAAAGAGCAGCAGGUCAAGAGUGAGUUGGCAACAGUCUGACAAUGAAGAGCCAACAAGAGAGGUUAUCUCAGUGGAAGCAGAGGACAGUGACGACUUCUCAAAUACAGGUGUAAAUGUUUUGGUUCCUGAAAAGAAAAAACAGAGAACAGUCUUUAGCCAUCCCAGACGGUUAUCAGAGGCCGAAGUCACUAAAAACGACUGCAUAAUUGAUUGCAUGACUGUUAAAGAAUCUAAAUCUGGUGAGCCGGCUACACUUGUCAGGGUACCCAGAAACCCCAGGCAAGGGCCACGUGAAUCCAUGUCAAUGGCAAAGUCUUCAUUUACAGAGAGGGAUAGGAUUAGAGUGCAACCUGACAAACCUGCCUCCAUCCCCACUAGAACUCAUGUAGAAGCCCACAGGAACUCGCAUAGAAGCAUCAUGCAUGCUUCACCAUCUCCCUCCUCUGCGAUGGAUCAUCGCUUCACUCCUGCAACGUUUCCAUCAUCUUCAGCUCCUGUUCAGUCAAUGCAAGUCACCAGCCAUGCAAGGAGAAAAGUGUUUAGAACCUGGAAAGAUCAGCAUGUCCCUCUGCGCAGGGAGAAAAAACACAAGAGGGCAAAUGCCUUCACACAUCCUCGCUAGAUGGUUCAUCAGCAGCUUAGAUGGCAAUGGUUUUUCCCAUUGCCAUCACUGAUGAUGAUCAUCAGUGAUGAUCACUGAGAAAAAUUCCAUUUGUUUAUUUACAUUUUAUUCAUAAUUCUAUUAAACGGUGAAAUAUGUGUAAAGUAUUAUUCUGGAUGUUAUAAAUAUAUCUUAUUGUCUUACUUCCAGUAUUGCAUCUCAUUGUUUUUUUGGGACAAAUGUAAAUUUGAGAUGCCACGUCUGAAUGUUUUAUCAACCUCAUGUUGUACUGAACAUUUGACUUAAAUCCUGACUGCUCACCUACACUGAGUUUUGUUCUUUUCCUCAAGUGUAGCUUUGACUUCAAACUUAAACUUAAUAUUCCUUCGGAGCUGUAUCACUGCUGUGUUUGUAUUUCACCACAGGGUAAGCUGGCAUGAAGGUUUUAUUUCUCUAUGAUGCAUUAUGAAGUAAUGUUUUUUUCUACAGUUAAAUACAGCAAAGCAAAGUAACUGAAACCUAGAGGAGAGUAAAGGUUUUUACUGAGAAAUGAAGUCUGACUAAGCAUUGUGUUUGUGUUUGACUAGUAUGGAGAAAAUCAACCUGUGAUUGGGUCGUUUACAAGUUAUCUUCUUACUCUGUGAUGCAGUCAUAUAUCAGGGUCCGUAUUUUCAACUUUUCUCAGUUCUCAGAGAGCUCCUGUCUUCGCUAAAUGGUUCGGUCAAGGAGUCUUAGCUUGGAAUGACAGCAUUUAUUAACUUUGAGAGGAGGUGUGGUUGACCCUGUUCCAAUGUAUGGGUGGACCUCAUUGCUAAGUGUGAUGCUCUUCAAGAGACUGGUUGAUCUACUUGAUUAAUGGAGCAUUACUACCACCAACUGGUAAGAAAUGUAGACCAAAUGUAAGCCCCGACCUCUUUGUAAGGGUAGGGGCUACAGAAAAAAGAAGAAAUCACACUAUUAAAAUUACACUCUUAAAAAUGGAA